CUGCCGCGGAGGCGGCGGCGCUGGGCGCGGGGACUCGGCGGGCGGCGAGGAGCGCGGAGCCGGAGCCGGACGCCGCCGCCGCCACCGCCACCUGCGCGGCCGUCGUCAAGAUGUCAUGGCACCCCCAGAUCCGGAGCUCCAAGUUCCGCCACGUCUUUGGCAAACCCGCCAGCAAGGAGAACUGCUACGACUCGGUGCCCAUCACCCACAGCGUCCAUGACAACCACUUCUGCGCCGUGAACCCCCAGUUCAUCGCGGUCGUGACGGAGUGUGCUGGUGGGGGGGCCUUCCUCGUCAUCCCCCUGCACCAGACGGGGAAGUUGGACCCCCACUACCCGAAGGUCUGCGGGCACAGAGGGAACGUCUUAGACAUCAAGUGGAACCCUUUUGAUGAUUUUGAGAUCGCCUCCUGUUCUGAAGAUGCCACGAUUAAGAUCUGGGACAUCCCCAAGCAGCUGCUGACAAAGAACCUCACAGCCUGCAGGAAGGAGCUGGUGGGCCACGCCCGCCGCGUGGGCCUGGUGGAGUGGCACCCCACGGCCGCCAACAUCCUUUUCAGCUCCGGCUACGACUACAAGGUGAUGGUCUGGAACCUGGAUACAAAGGAGUCUGUCAUCAUCAGCCCCGUGAGGACAAUUGACUGUCACCAGGACGUGAUCCUCUCCAUGUCCUUCAACACCAACGGCAGCCUGCUGGCCACCACCUGUAAAGACCGCAAGAUUCGGAUUCUCGACCCCCGAGCAGGGACCGUUCUCCAGGAAGCCAGCUACAAGGGGCACCGGGCCAGCAAAGUGCUGUUUCUGGGGAACCUGAAGAAGCUGCUGUCCACGGGCACGUCCCGAUGGAACAACCGGCAAGUGGCCCUGUGGGACCAGGAUGACCUGUCUGUGCCUCUGACAGAGGAAGACCUGGACGGCUCCUCAGGCGUGCUGUUUCCCUUCUAUGACGCGGACACCAACAUGCUCUAUGUGGUGGGAAAGGGAGAUGGGAACAUCCGCUACUACGAAGUGAGCGCCGACAAACCUCACCUUAACUACCUGACCGAAUACCGCUCCUACAACCCACAGAAGGGGAUCGGUGUCAUGCCAAAGAGGGGUCUCAACGUGUCCUCCUGUGAGAUCUUCCGUUUCUACAAGCUGAUCACAACCAAAAGCCUUAUCGAGCCCGUGUCCAUGAUUGUACCCCGGCGGUCAGAAUCCUACCAAGAGGACAUCUACCCGCCCACGGCAGGCGCCCAGCCCUCUCUGACUGCCCAGCAGUGGCUCAGUGGGAUGGAUAAAGGGCCAGUCCUGGUGUCCCUCAGGCCCGGCUCUGAGCUGCUGAGCACCCGGCCGCUGCUUCCAGAGAGACCCCUCUCCAAUUCCAUGGCCUCCGCCUCGCCCCGGCUCUCCAACCAGACGGAAAAGCUGGCUGCAGAUGAUGGCCGGAGGCCCUUCUCCCUGCUGGAGGAGAAGGCGCCCAGGUGGGCGGCAGAACAGAGGCUGGAGGAGAAGAAAACUUGGUUCACAAACGGCUUUGACAUCUUCGAAUGCCCCCCACCAAAGACGGAGAAUGAGCUGCUGCAGAUGUUCUACCGGCAGCAGGAGGAGAUCCGGCGGCUGCGGGAGCUGCUGACCCAGCGCGAGGUGCAGGCCAAGCAGUUGGAGCUGGAGAUCAAGAACUUGCGGAUGGGCUCAGAGAGGUUCUGAGCAGAGCUCUGCCCUCUUCGCCCUCAGGGACACCACUCGGCGCCAUGGGGAGGUCCAGGACCAACCACAGGUCCCCCGAGGACAACUGCUGUUUCUGUCAAUUUUACCAGAAAACGAAACUUUGGGUCGCUGAAAGAUUCCAGUGGGAUGCGGUGCCAUUUUUCUAUUUGCCUUCUCGAAACAAUGGUGUCUGAGUGGACUCUUUUUAGAUGACCUUGCCUUCUGUUUAAUUUGUGUUUAAGGGUCCACGAUGAGCUGUAACUUCUCAAGGGGAAAGAACAUUGUAGAAAGUUAGAGCUGGAAGGACCGAGGAGGGGAACCUGCUUGUGAUUUUCAAACUGUGGUCCGUGAAAUGGGGGAUGGCUAAGUAGACAGGGCCUCCUCCCCUUCCCAACCAGACAGCUCCCCUUCUAUCUGUUUCAUUCAUUGGCUUCUAUGGAUACAUAAUUCUGCUGCUUAAAAAAAAUUUAGAAGUUUAAAAACCAGUGAUCUGACCCAACUCCCUCAUUUUACUGGUGGGGAAACUGAAGCCCAGAGAAAGGCAAGUGAUCAAGGUCCCCAGAGAGUUCAUGGCAGGGCUGGGCUGAGCUCCUGGUUUUCUGGUCUGUCUGUCUGCUGUUUCUGGUCUGAUACAGGUCUCAGCCCGCAGGGCAGGAAUCUCUUGGUUCUGGCUUCAGCUAUGCCCGUGACUUAGCGACCUCCUGUGAGUCCUUCCCUUACCCCGCCCUUGGUCUCCAUUUCUCCAUCUGAACAAGGGUCAUCCUGGAAUGAGCUGCCCUCCACAGGAUCUGCUACCCAGACAAGAAACUGUGGCCUUGACUUGAGGAAAACUACAUGCUGGGUGAUGAUCUGGGUUUGCUGCAGGAACUCAGGAGACAUUGGCAAAGGGGCAGAGGGAGUUUAACUUCAGGGAAAUAAUUCAGGGUCCAGCCCAGUUCUAGAACACAGACAGGAGGCCAAAGCCAUCCUCUCUUCAACCAGAAUCAGCCGGAUGUGGGUAGACACUAUCCCUUGUGUGGGACGCAGAUAUCAAAGCGGUGCCCGUGACCACUAACUGCCACCCCCAAGCCCUCAGGUCUCACAGCCUGCCUCCCCUGGGAGAAUGCAGGCAGAUUUCAGCCCAAGGUAACAGAAGAGGUCCCCAGGAGGUGGGGAGCCCCAGCACUGGAAGUUGCGGGCCGAGCCUCAUGGCUGCCACCGGUGAGGACUCCUGGAGAAGGAUGACUGCACUAGGCAGGGAAGCAGGACCACAUGGCCCUGAAGCCCCUUCCAGCCUGGGAGUUUUCUGUGUCCCUAUUUUGUGAGUCUGUGUUCUGAGCCCUUCUCUAAGGUUGUCUCUUUCUCAGUGGUCAAUAUGAUGGCCCGGCUAAAGAUGGGGAAUAUUGGAAGGAGGUGCAGACAAUGAGUUUUGCCCAUUGCACAGGGUGAUCCCAGAGCUAGGAGGGGGACUGCAGGAGGCCACCUGGCCUGGUAGGUUUCAACCCAGGCUGUACAUCAGAAUUCCCUUGGGAGCAUUCAGGAAAUACAGAUGCCCAGGCCCAACCUCGGACCAGUUGAAGCUGAAUCUCCGAGUAGGGCCUGGCUUUGUGUAUGUUUUUAUAAGCUCCCAGGUGAUUCUGCAAUACAGUGAGGAUGGAGACCCACUGGGUGAGUCCAUCUGCACCUAGUCACAGUAAAGAUGAGGAGGACAGUGAGCGCCAGACAGGAGCUGGGACUCCAGCUAAAAUCCAGCGCUCCUGAAAUCAGGAAGCAUUGUCCCGAGCCCUCCCUCAUGUCUCUCUGGGCCCCUUCCUGGCCGUGCAUGACGGGGGCUCUGUGCUCCUGAUUGCCCCCUCCUCUGCCAUGGCUGAGUCCUCCUGUCUGCCUGCACACGCCAGACGCCCGUGUUCCUUCUUUUAUCCCCAUUUACUCAGUGGCUGGGGCUCACCAAGCCUGCCAAAGGCCAAAUCCCGGGCAUUGCCAGGGAAGCAGAGCUCUACUGGAUGGAGUUACCUCUCCCACCUCACUUGUGGCCAGCACUUCACAGUUUACAAAGCCCUCCCACUUCCACUCAUAGACACUUCCUCCUGCAACAUGGCCCAGGCAGGCAUUAAUAUCCCCCUGUUCAGAAAGGAAGACCUAGCCUCGGAGAAUAAAGAAACAUGGAAACAUCGUGCCCAGAGGCACUGGCUGCAAAGCAGUGGAGGUGGGGCUGAGUCCGGGAGCUUCCGGAAUGCUCCUCUACACAGAGCCAUUCCUUCUCGAGCUCUUCCCACCCCUACAGGACCCAGACCUCAUGCUUAAAAACAAUACGAAGGCAUCCAUGAACAAACUUGUUUUCUUUUUUUUUUUUUUUACAUCUGGAAUAAAUUAUUUAAAUUAUUUCACAGCAAGGGAGAGGGAUAGGUAAUUUUUAUCAGAUAUUUUUUUAAGCCAUUUUUUAAAAUUACGUUUUUGUUUAUGUUCUUGACUGAUGGCAGAGAGCUUGCCCAGCAUUGGCAGAGCCAGGCCCUCACACUCAGGGCAAGCAGAACGCACACUCAUCUCCUUACUCCAUACCCCAGGAACCCCCGACUGUUGACUCAGGAACUUUCUGAGGAUGAAGACAGCACUGGGAGGUGAGCUUCGGGGUGUAUCCACCUCAGCUCUACAGUAAUUGUUCUUCCUGGAACAAAACUUGAGAUUGUAUCAUAGAGGGAAGCAGGAAGUCAGAAAUCAAUCUAUGCUCUUAAUAUGAAACCGUGCCUGAAACAGUUUGAAUGAUUGUUUUAAUGUUGUUUCUGAAAUUCCUUGUACCUUUGUAAAAAAAUAAAUAAAAGUGAAAAUAAAUAGAAGUGGAAUCGUGCAAUGGAAAGAAUGUGACAAAAUAAUAAACAUCUGCCUAGACAUUUUAAUACACGGAGCUUUCCUUUUCUUGAUUUGUUCCACAAAUACCAAUUAAGAACCUACUGUUUGGGCCAGAUGACAGGCUGGGAAACAGGUAAGACAGACUUGGUCCCUGCCCUCUGAAGAGUUUUCAGUCAUGGUUAGGGGAAAGGGGAGGGCAAGAAUAGGGGAAGGGCGUCCUGCCUUGGGGAGAGAAGCAGGGAAGGCUUCCUGGAGGAAGUGAUAUGUAGGCAGACACCUGAAGGAUAUAUAGGAGUGAGCAGGGCAAAGGACAUUUCUGGAAAAGAGUGCUCCAAGUAGAGAAAAUUGCCUAUUCCUUGGUCUGAAAACAAGAAAAGGGCAGAGCAUAGACAGGGUAGGGAUCAAGAGUACUAAGAGCCAACGGCCUUGCAGGUGGGAGCUGAGACUUUUUUCCUAGCUUUAUUGAGGCAUGAUUGACAAAAAUUGUAUAUGUUUAUGUUGUAUGUGAUUUUUUAAGGUGUACAGUGUGAUGAUUUAAUAUAUGUAAAUUAAACAUUGUGAAAUGAUUACCACAAUCAAGUUA